AUGUCUGUAUUUUUUCCUCUCAACCAGAAACAAGUGACAACAGGAAGAUGCCCACAACAUGACACAUCCCAGGCCAAGCAGAGCUGUCGUGAGUUGGCUCGAGAUUUGGAUGUUUUGGCCAAUGGUGCCGCCGCAUCGCAGAGCCAACUUUUGUCGCGGAGGAUGCAGCGGCAACCGGCGAACCCGUUUUUGGAGCUGCUGCCGCUGAUGACCGACGCGGAGAACUCGGUCUUGUGCAAAGGAGUACCACCAGAGGACACCCUGCCAUUGCACUCAAUGAGCUUGAACGUGAAAGACCCAGAAGGUGUACAGACUGUGGAGAUUGAUGAAGCUGCAACUCUGCUGGCGCAGCGGUAUCCACAGUUUGCCAGAGGGCAAGUGAUGGAAAUCCUGCAUGCCCAUACACGGACAGUUCUGAAACCCGCGGGCGAUUGGUCCAUUGCGAUGAGUGCUGGAAGUAUGUCUGCUUUAGAUCAUGCCAUCGGCAUGUUUUUGAACCCUGGUGAUACCAUCUUGAUGGAAGAGUACACAUUCCUAGCUAUGGUCGAUGCUUGCAUGGCUGCUGGACUGAACCUGGUGCCAGUGCCUUGUGAUGAUGAUGGAAUCCUACCGUCCGAGUUGGCACCCUUGCUGCCUGGGGCCAAGGUGCUGUACACCGUCCCAGUGGGCCACAAUCCGCUGGGCACCCGAAUGGCGCCUGAACGAUAUCAACAGGUCUAUGACCUCUGCGCUGCUCAUGGAGUGACGAUCGUGGAAGAUGAUGCGUAUUACUACCAGCAGCACAACUCAAACGAUGAAAAAGCGGAUGAUGAUGCCUCUGCUGUGGCUGGACUGGAACUGGGAAUGAACUUCGUUUCCAUUGAUCGCCAAGGCCUCGUCUUCCGCUUGGACACCGUCUCCAAACUUCUGUCACCAGGUUUCCGUUUGGGCUGGGUGACUGGCCCCAAGCACUUCAUCAAGGCCUUUGAGGAUUUGUGCUAUGUAAGCAGCCAGUCGGGAUGUUCAAUGUCAAUGAUUUGCCUUGGAAAGCUAUUGGCCCACUGGAAGACUGAUGGCUUACAGGCUCAUUUGAAGCGUCUGCAAUUGGGUCUUCGUCUUCGGUGUCGGAGCUUGCUUCGUGCUUGCGAGGCGCACUUGCAAGACUUGGCGUAUUGGUCCCGCCCGCAGGCAGGGAUGUUCUUGUGGCUGCGAAUGCAGCGACCCAGAGUUUUCACUCACGAGGAAAUGUUGGAGAGUCUUCAGCGGAACAAGGUUGCGCCAAUGCCAGGAGGUUUUUGCUCACCAGUGCGGACAGGUGACCCGGUGCCGUGUUUUCGGCUGUCCUAUGUCACCCCAAGUGAUGGCUACGACCUGGCAGCUCAAAGGCUUCGCAAGGUGCUUGCAGAGUUGAGCUUGCCCAGCGACGCUGGAGCCGCUGGAUAG